CGUCUUUACGCACGUCGGUGAGGCGCUGUACGACCGAAUAACGGGAUCCGAGAAGGGGGACAGGAGCAAAACGCGUCAGUCUGACAGACAUAGACGGGGUGCUAUUGUAUAACACAGGCCUUCAGUGUUUUUACUUCAGGUUGCUGCUUUCAGGAGAAACGUCUCCUUUCUUUUCUUUUUUCUAUUUUCUUCCUCUCUCACCGCGGAGGUAGAAACGGACCUGGCUCGGUGUUGCAUCGGCCGCUGGCGGAGGACCUGCACAUGUCGGCGCGGUGAGGGACGGUUCGUUUCCCCGCCCUGAUACGGUUGGAGGACGGCAGGAAGGGAAGGCUGUGCAGAAACCGCGACCAGAACAAUAUUAUCCACCUUUGAGGAAGGGGAAGCAGGUGCGGCCGUUUUAUCAGUCGAAGGAGGAUCCGUUAAAACGAGCGAGAAGGACAACAGUGAUGCGGCAGCCGAGGUGGGCCCAGAUUGAUGAUUUUAUGAUAUCAUCAUCCACCGCCAGGACCGAUCACUGAUUUAAUUGAUAAGGAGCAACAUCCAGGAGAAACUGACCUGGGAUCCGUGUUUUUGUUUUUCAUCUGGAUAAACAGUAGCAGCCCAUCGGCGCUUGAUUGCAGUGAUUUAUUCACAAAAGGAGCCGCGUGAUCAAUUAUAGAAAUAAACAUCCAAAUUUAGGCCCAUGACUUAGUGUGUGUGACGCCAUACAGCAGCAGAGAGGCGUGUGUGUGUGUGUGUGUGUGUGUGUGUGUGUGUGUGUGAGUGAGGAGACGCGCCUGUCUGAGCAUCAUCUGGUAGCCUAGCUGUUCAGGCUACUCCUCCACGGGGAUGGUACACAAGCGAGAUUUCAUCUGUGCGUGAAAAGCUGAAGAUUCAGGGAUGCUGCUGAUGUUACUGCUGCCAUUUCCUGUCCGGCUCUGAUAGAUAGAGACAGCGAGGCGCACAGCACGGGACUGGACACCGAGAAAAUAUCUUUCCUUACCUCUCCUCCACCUCUGCACCUUCUUUCCCCUUUCUCUCCCUCCCUCCUGCUCAUCUUCUUCCUCCUCCACCCAACAUCCAACACCUCGGAGAGUGUGUUCAUUCUGAUCAAUUGAUAACCCACUGUAAUUCAGGAGGCCACCCACUGCUCCAUUCUCUCCUCCAUUCGCCUAUACAUCCUUUUGAGCACCUCUUCACAGCCCUUACACGCGCAAAGGCACGCACUCACUCACGCACGCACCACCACCGCCACCCCCUUUGCAUCAUCACCGCCACAGCCAACAUGGAGACGACCAAGCUGCCUCCAACCAGCCCGUCCUCGCCGACCACCAGCUUCUCGGUGCCGUCCGCGGAGAAGGUGGAUGGCUUCCCGCGGAGGUCGAUGCGCAGAGCCCGGCAGAGGAGGUCCCACAGCUCGUCCCAGUUCCGCUACCAGAGCUCCCAGGUGGAGCUCACCCCACUGCCUCUGCUCAAAGACGCCCCGGUGGCAGAGUUACACGAGCUGUUCUGUAAGAAGCUGCAGCAGUGCUGUGUGCUGUUUGAUUUCCUGGACUGUGUGGCCGACCUGAAGGGGAAGGAGAUCAAACGUGCGGCGCUCAAUGAGUUGGUGGAAAGUGUGGCUACAAGCAGGGGAGUCCUCAUAGAGCCUCUCUACCCAGAGGCCAUAAAGAUGAUCUCUGUAAAUAUCUUCAGGACUCUCCCACCCAGUGAGAAUCCAGAGUUUGACCCAGAGGAAGAUGAGCCCACACUUGAAGCCUCCUGGCCACAUCUGCAGCUGGUUUAUGAGUUCUUUCUGCGUUUCCUGGAGAGCCCAGACUUCCAGCCCUCCAUGGCCAAACGCUACGUUGAUCAGAAGUUUGUGCUGCAGCUCCUGGAGCUCUUCGACAGUGAGGACCCCAGGGAGCGGGAGUACCUAAAGACCAUCCUGCAUCGCGUCUAUGGAAAACUACUGGGCCUCCGAGCCUACAUCCGCAAACAGAUUAACAACAUCUUCCUCAGGUUCAUCUAUGAAACUGAGCACUUCAAUGGAGUCGCAGAGCUUCUGGAAAUCCUUGGCAGCAUCAUAAAUGGCUUCGCCCUGCCUCUGAAGGCUGAACACAAGCAGUUCUUGGUCCGGGUUCUUAUCCCGCUACACACAGCAAAGUCCCUUUCUAUCUUCCACGCACAGCUGGCCUACUGUGUGGUGCAGUUUAUGGAAAAAGAUGCUACAGUGACUGAAUAUAUCAUCAGAGGGCUGCUCAAGUACUGGCCAAAAACCUGCACGCAGAAAGAGGUGAUGUUCCUGGGGGAGAUUGAGGAGAUCCUGGAUGUGAUCGAGCCAUCUCAGUUCAUCCGGGUCCAGGAGCCUCUCUUUAAGCAGAUUGCAGCCUGCAUCUCCAGCCCUCACUUUCAGGUAGCGGAGCGGGCUCUUUACUUCUGGAACAAUGAAUACAUCCUCAGUCUGAUAGAGGAGAACUGUCAAGUCAUCCUGCCGCUGGUUUUCGCCACCCUCUACAGAGUCUCCAAGGAGCACUGGAACCAGACCAUCGUGUCUCUGAUCUACAACGUGCUGAAGACCUUCAUGGAGAUGAACAGCAAGUUGUUUGAUGACCUCACUGCCUCCUACAAAGUGGAGAAACAGAAGGAGAUGAAGCGAGAGAGGGAGCGUACAGAGCUUUGGAAGGGCCUGGAGGAGUACCAGGAGCGCCGGAUGCAGAUGCUCACCGAGGCUGCCAGGAACCAGCGCAACCUCCAGGAACGAGGCGAGAGAGGGGAUCCGCCUACUCCUUCAUCCCCACAGACGGCUCACUCCGACCAACCUGAGCCCAAACCCAGUGGGGCCUCCUCUUCUUCCUCUGGAGGGGAGAGCGCCACCUAGGUGUUGCCCUAAUGUGAUGGGAUAACACAGGGGUUAGGGGACAGGGAGAAGACAUGAGGUUGAUGGUGAAAGUGUUGGGAGCAGUCAGAUACAAAAAAGGUACUCAAGAAAACCACUGUUCUUUUUAUCUCGUAUCAUAGAGGAGGUGGCUUUAGGUCAAAGUGCACAAUCUCAGUGAUCCAAGGUAAAACCUUUUUUUCUGACAGAGUUGUGUGAAACUGGUUCACUUUUUGCUGUACACACAUUAUGUUCAGAUCUGAAGAUAACUAUUCUCCGAAAACGCAGAGUGUCAUUAAAACGAAUGGCUGUUUUACUAAACUGCAGGUCAGUACCCAAAAUUGGUAGCUGGCCUGCUUCAAUCGGCCUCUAAAUAAGAGAUGAAACUUCUCUUUUGGUGCAACACAAACCAAGUUCAACAUGUGUCUAACUUGUCUUGAUAUUUAACCAAUCGAGUCAGAGUCUGAACCGUGGCCUCGUAUUUAUCUUUUGGUAGGAGAUGCUUAUUUCAUGUGUGGAUAGCACAAUCCAUUAAUAAACAAAAGAAGCAAUUUCACACAAAUGUCCCAAAACUGUUGCCGCACAGACCAGACACACUUACCCUCACAUGCACACAAACAGGAGGUACAUAUUUACUGUAAAUAUGAGACGACAGAGCUAACAAUAGAACGUGUAUCCAGGUCAUGCAAAUCUCACACACCAAUAAUCAACUGAUGCACCGAGUUUCUUUUUGAAACACACAUGCAGACACACAAAAACACACAACACACACAGACACAGCUGGUUCUGGCGUUAACUCUUCUCCCAUCCUGUCGGGUUCCACCAAAGGACGAGCCUAAAGUCCCUUUGAGGUUAAAUAACCACUGAUGAAGAUGAUAAUGAUAUAAAGUACAAUACUGUUCCUUCUUCUUACUUGUUACUCUACUACUACUACUCUACUCUACUCUAAGUACUACUGAUGAUGACGAUGAUGAUGAUGAUGAUGAUAAUGUUUUUAUAUAUAUAUACAUAUGUCUCUGGAUAUUUCUGUAGUGUAUAAUGGGAGAAACACUAGUGUAGCAGAAACCAUAAAGGGGAAACCCGGCUGGAAUUCUACGUUCGCAUCACAUGUUAACUGUUUGAGGCCAUAAUGUGAAUGCUGGAAUUCAGCGGUAUUCUCCUUUAACAGACCUUAAAGAGGGGAGGAAUGAACUGGGUUAGCUGUUUUUCUUUUCCUUUGAAAUUUUGGAUCUUUGUGGUGCAGAAUGUGUGCUAAAAAGGGAAAUUUCAUUGUAAUCCAAAAACAUUCCAUAUUCAAAAGUUUUUUUUUUUUUAAGUAUGCCCUGUGGAGACACCAACUUAUGUUGAAAUGCAUUACUGCUGAAACACACUGUUUGUAUCCUUUGUUCUGAAUGCAUUUCUUUUCUGACUAAGCAUUUUUUAAGCUAAGUUUUUGAAAGUUUUAAGUGCAAACAUUAAUGUUUUAUUUGCUGGCAGUCAUCUUCCUCCCAGCCUUUGUUGAUAUUAUGAUAUGGUCUAUGCACAUCACCACCACUAACUGUUCUUAAGUUGAAUUGGAUCAAAAUAGCAUACAGUACAUGAAUCUACUUCCUAUGUUGUCAUACAUGUUUCACAUAAAGUACAUUACAAAACUAACGGGGACCCACACAAUAAACUCUGCAGGGUACGUUUAAUUUUGAGGCGUCUCACAAAGCUGAUUCUUUUGGAUGAAAGUUUGUCAAAUGUCCUCAGAAGUGAGGGAAGAACUCCAAACUUGAACCAAAAAUGUGUCUGAGCAGACUCGUACAAGCAGAGAUAAGAUGGAGGAAUAACGUGCACCACAAGUGUUUCAGACUAAAAGAAAAACCCAGUAAUCCAGUUAGACUUCUGACCCGUGAUGUCUGUUCCUUUAGGCUCAGCAGACCUCAUGCUGCUGGAUGGCGACGAUGACGAUACAUUUUUUUCAGUGUGAACCAACAACAAUCAGUUUAUUCUUGUCUGAUCAUUAUGGUAGAGUGAUGGAAGAAAGAGAGGGGAAAAAAACUGAAAAAAAUUAUUUUAGCAAUAUUUUCAUUCUUUCAGGAUAAUCUUUGUGGUUUUAGGGGGUUAAACAGGAAGUGGGCGUCACACUCAAAUGUUUACCUCCCACUCUUGUUUUUACUCCUGUUGCGUCCUUGAUAUUCACAUUGUCUUAAAGGUACUUUUCUGUGUACAUUUCUUUGAUGAAAAAUGACUUUUUGAUUUGUAAUUAUGUUGUUUUUCUUGUUCUUUUUGUAUGAUCUUGUUCAUUUUGUGGAAUACUGAUGCUAUUUAUUUUCUAUUUGAUCAGGAAAUGUAACUUUAUUUGAAGAUGAUGGUCAGGUUGUGUGUGUGUGUGUGGGUGAGUGUGUGUGUGUUGGUAUGUAUCCAGUGAGUGAAUCAGUGAGCAGGAGAUGUGUGUAGACAGAGUGAUAGAGAACGAGAGAAUGCAGUUCUCUCUUUGUUCCUUUUUCUCUCUCUCUCCUUCUCUCCUUCCUGAGGGACAGGGUUUGAAUCUGAAUGUAUCGUAAAACGAAUCGAUUGUUUUUUUUUUUCUUUUUCUUUGAUGCUUGAGGCGCAGAGCUACCUGUCGGCUACUCGUAACCAAACAUUCAAAAACCCUUCAAACCAGCAGUUUCAAACACUCACUUUAAAUCAUGCCUGAGUCAACAAAGCUUUGAAACCCAUUUCACACACAGCUCUAAGAUUGGCAUUUGAAUGUUUGAGCUGAUAAUGAGUAUUUAAUCUUUGCAAGAAGACUUAUUAAUCUUACAGUGGUGCAUUUCUGUCUCCUGCCCAAAUUUCCUGGACUUUUUAGUGGAUCUAAAUUUUGAUACCUUGAUCUGAUUCUUUCAGGCUGCAGCUACACCUAAACUGCCUUUGCUGAUCUAUUCUUUCUGACUCUGAUUGUUGACACUACAGCGUUCUGUUUGAUUUGAUUUGCAGAUUUACCAUCCAGGCUAUAAAUCCCUGCAUCGUUUUACAAAACUAGGUUAAAAAAAAAUUGGUUCAGAGUCUACUUACUAAUGUUUUCUGGAGCUUUAAAACACAUGUCAUUUCUGCAUUAUCCAGGCUUAGCAGUCAUCACAUGACUGAAGUACUGAACUACGGUCAAGUAAUAACUGAUGUUUGGAAUGUACCGUCACAUAGCGGCUCCUGAGAAACCUCCAUGAUAAUUGUGCACAGUCAAUCUGCUGAUGAAGACUAUUGAAAGCUCUGGAAAACGCUGGAAACCAGGAUCCUGAGUUAAGGUUGUGACACAUUAGCGGUUUGCAGCCUUUUACUUUGGAGCAAAAAUUAAUGUCUACCUGCUUUUUUGCCUUUGUGUUGAAGUGAGUCACAAGCAGUUAAACCAAAGAGUGUUUUCCCUUCACAAAUUGUUUUGAUUGUAGGGUUCUGGGAGGUUAAAAUGCAUUUAAAAAAUCACAAAAAAAAUCUGAAGAAGAUCAGAAAAAUAAAAGACUUUUCAUUACUUUUUACCCUUGUUAUUUGUGAAGGGACCCUGACCCAUAGGUUGGGAACCACUGACAUAAGUCUCCUUUACCGUGGUGGUAAAGACUUAUCUAGCUUUUCUUCUGUUGCUGCAGGGGCAUAAGACUGCAUAUAUAAAUUUGCAUUAUGCAUGCUCCUUACACAAGCUCUGUGGCAGCCAAAGAAAAUACGCUGAUGUAUUAGGUGUAAAUGCAGCCUCAUUCCAGUCAGUACACACCUCAAAACCUGCACCUGCAGAUCAUCUGGCUUGAAGAGAAAAGCAUCCAUUUAGUCAGAUUUCAAACACUUUUUUGAUUCAGGCAAAACACACAAAAAGACAACACAACUGAAAAGAGACAAAACCUGACCUCGCUGUCAUAAAACUCAGCUUACUUAUGAUUUUUGUUUUGGCUAGCUUCCUCACAGACCCUCUUGAUUGUUACUGUCAGUUGGUCAGCUAACUCGGGAAAACCAGAACCCCUACUCCCACUGUUCUAAACUUCUCAAAAGUUCCCGAUCAUCAGUGAUAUUCUUCUUUUUUUUAAAUUCUGCUGUACAUUCUUCAACUGCUCCAAAAAAGGAAGCAAGAGAGGAGAGAGUGUUCAUAGAGAGCUCUGGUAUCACCUCACAGACAGCCAUCAAAUGCUGUUUUCAUUCACUGUCACAUUUCCUCUCCACGGCUGUUCUCACGCAGCAUAAUUUAAACAAAUGAUUUAAAUCUGAGGGGUGGUGUGAAUGGAUUGGAUGAAAGCAGUCAGUAAAAAUAAAAAAAAAACAGAGGAGGAGAAAGACAGAGGAAAGAAAAGACAUAGAGUUAGACAUGAUAGAAUGGCAAUAAGUCAGAGCAACAGUAACAGAGUGAGAAUAUAAUGUUACCGAAACCUACAACCGCAUUACGUAGCAAUUUCACUGAAUUUCUAGAUUUGCACUGUCUGCCCAAUGGUCUGUGUUUGUUGUGUUGAAGAAAUACCUUAGAGAAGAUGACUAAGAUGAUGCAGAAGAAGAAAAAGAUGUAUAUUUUGGGGACCAACACAGCGGUGGGGGGGUUUGAAUGUAGAGAGGCUUACUACUGUACGUAACAUUACAGGGGGUGUAGAAUGGAGAAAAAAACUAUGUGCUAAAAAUGAAACUUCACUUUGAGAAAACA